CUGACUGACUGAAGGAAGAUUCGCAAGAAGAAGCGAAAGCCUCCUCGCUCGCGCGCACCUCCCCCUCCUCCCUCCCUCCCACCUCGCGCGCGCGCGCUCCUUCCUUACCUCCCUUGCGCGAGAAAGAGAGCGAGAGAGAGAGAGAGAGAGAGAGAGAGAGAGAGAGAGAGAGAGAAACAAUAACAAAACAAGCUUCAAGCUUCUGCCGGGCUCGAGACGCAUCGCUACAAUCAUUUAAGUCGCUUAAUUCUGCACUAUUAAAAAAAAUGAAAAAAUGGCAAAAUAGUGCGAGCGCGAUAGAUGGAUAGAUAGACAGAUAGAUAGAGCAUGAUAUCCGGCAGUUAACCCCUGUAGCUUUGGUAGUGGUGUUCUUUAUUCUUCUUCUUCCAUCGGCAUCACUCUACUCCACACACCUUCUUCUUCAUCAUCAUCAUCCUCCUCAUCCCGAGGAAGAGGAGCGAGCGUACGGACUGGGCAGCGCUCAUGGAGUUCCCCAACGAUUCCCUGAGCUUCGUCGACCAGCGGCGCUUCUACAACGACUCGCUCUUCGCCGACAACCAGAGCGACCCGAGCGACGCCGACGACCUGUUCCCCCGCAGCGUCCGGAUCACCAUCGCGGUGGUCUACAUGUUCGUGUGCGUGGUGGGACUGGUGGGCAACUGCCUGGUCAUGUAUGUCAUCAUCAGGUACACCAAAAUGAAGACCGCCACCAACAUCUACAUCUUUAACCUGGCUCUGGCCGAUGCUUUGGUGCUGGCCACUCUUCCCUUUCAGGGCACGGACGUGUUCCUGGGAUUCUGGCCUUUCGGGAACGCGCUGUGCAAGGCUGUCGUCUCCAUCGACUACUACAACAUGUUCACCAGCGUCUUCACUCUGACCGUCAUGAGCAUGGACCGCUACGUCGCUGUCUGCCACCCGGUCAAAGCGCUGGAUAUGAGGACGCCCCACAAGGCCAAGGUGGUCAACAUAUGCGUGUGGGUGCUGGCCUCGGCUAUAGGCGUUCCGGCUAUGGUGCUUGGAGAUGUUGAGGAUGACCAUGGCAUCGAGUGUAUCCUGGUCCUGCCAGCCCCCCGUAGCUACUGGGACCCCGUCUUUGGCACGUGCGUGUUCCUGCUGUCCUUCCUGAUCCCAGUGGCCAUCAUCAGCAUGUGCUACAGCCUGAUGGUGAAGCGCCUGCGCAGCGUACGCAUCCUCUCCGGCUCCAAAGAGAAGGACCGCAACCUGCGGCGCAUCACCCGCAUGGUCCUGGUGGUGGUGGCGGUCUUCGUGGUGUGCUGGACCCCCAUCCAGAUCAUGGCUCUGGCCCAGUCGCUGGGCUUCAACCUGGGCAGCGUGCACACGGUGGUGCUCAUGCACUUCUGCAUCGCCCUGGGCUACGUCAACAGCAGCCUGAACCCGGUGCUGUACGCCUUCCUGGACGAGAACUUCAAGCGCUGCUUCCGGGAGUUCUGCCAGCCCUCGCCCUUCCGCCUGGACGCGCAGCAGUCCGGCCGCAUGCGCAGCAUCGCCCGCGACGUGGCCUACAACUGCAAGACCACUGACGGCAACAGUAACCCCGCAUGACUAGGCGUGGAGCUGCCCCUGGUCAGCCCCGAGCCGCAGCCUAACCCAGGGACCGGCAGCUCAAACUCCGAGCUCACUCAGAUCACCACGCUCUAGCACCACGGCCGCCUCCGCCGAGCGGGCGGAGGGACGGGAGGGGCUAGGAGAGAGGGCGGGGUCAACGAUGAUGCCACGCCCUCUUAGGGACAAAGGGGCUCACUUUUUAGUGUCUUAUCUGGAUUUGGAUGUCGACGUUCGUGUCCUUUUACUGUUCGUUUAAUGGCUUUUAUGGAAACACUGUUCGUUCUUUGGUUCUAGCGUUGCGUAAUUGCCGCUGUCCUAUCAAUGAAACCUUGUAGCUCUUAGAUUUAAUUUUUCAAUGUAUAUUUAUGUUUUUUUUUUUUUUUUUUAAGAAAAUGCCAGCUCUCUCUAGGUCUCUAUGUUGAGAGAGAAAAAAAAAAUAAAUAAAAUAAAUAAAAAUCACAGUGAAUGGACCAAUGGAAAUGGAACAAUUGGUGUCCUUGUUCUAAAGUUGCUUUGGAACACAAUCUCGUUACAUUAACGUACAUUAGUUCGAUUUUUUAUUUUUUUUGUUUUUUGUAAAAUCCUAAUUUUAACAUUAGCAGCUAUUAGUGAGCUACUUACUAUAAUUUGCAGCAAGCUAGCUAAUUUACUAACUUAAGCUAGCUUAAACGAGCUAGCUAACGUUACCAGGGAGUGAACUAAGGUCAGCGGAGAGGUAGCUAACGUAAGCGGCGUGUUAGCUAACAUACUAUAGUUAGCAGCAAACUAGCUAACAUACUAACUUUAGCUUGCUUAAACGAGCUAACGUUACCAGGGAGAGAACGAAGGUUAGCGGCGAGCUAGCUUACAUUAGCAGUGAGUUAGCUUAAAUACUUACAUUUGCAGCAAGCUAGCUAGCAUACUAACUUUAGCUCGCUUAAACGAGCUAGCUAACGUUACCAGGGAGAGAACUAAGGUUAGCGUCGAGCUAGCUAACAUUAGCAGCGUGUUAGCUUACAUACUAACAAUUGCAGCAAGCUAACUAACAUACUAAUUUUCGCUCACUUAAAUGAGCUAGCUAACAUUACCAGGGAUUAAACUAUGGUUAGCGGCGAGCUAGCUCACAUUAGCAGUGAGUUAGAUAACAUACUUACAUUUGCAGCAAGCUAGCUAACAUAGUAACUUUAGCUCGCUUAAAUGAGCUAGCUAACGUUACCAGGGAGAGAACUAACAUAAGCGACGAGUUAUCUAACAUACUAAUGUUAGCAGCAAGCUAGCUAACAUACUAACUUUAGCUUGCUUAAACGAGCUAGCGAAUGUUUCCAGGAAUAGAACUAUAGUUAGCGGCGAGCUAGCUAACACACUUAGCUUCAAAUGUAAGUAUGUUAGCUAACUCGUCGCUUAUGUUAGCUAGCUUGCUGCACACCAUAGUUCUAUCCCUGGUAAUGUUAGUUAGCUAGUUUAAACGAGCUAACGUUACCAGGGAUAGAACUAUGGUGUGCAGCAAGCUAGCUAACAUAAGCAGUGAGUUAGCUAACAUACUUAUAUUUGAAGCAAGCUAGCUAACAUACUAAUUUUAUUGUUAUUUGGUUCUAGCAUUGCGUAAAUGGCACAAUCCUUUGAAAACCUUGUAGCUUGCAUCUUUACUAGUCUUUUUUUUUAUGUAUAUUUAUGUUUUUUUUUUAAGAAAGUUGCUCUGGAACACAAUCUCGUUACAUUAACGUACAUUAGAUCGAUCUUUUAUUUUUUUGUUUGUUUUCUGUAAAGUUCUUUUUUUGCAUAAAUUUUGCAUAGAGAUGCGAGGUUUUGUUGCAACAAUGACGAUAAAAAAGCUUUUGUAACGUCAGUGGGUUCUUUUUUCGACCUCAUAGAUGGGACUACACUGCCUUAAACAUUUAAAAGUUACGCCCACGGACUAAGGAGGAAGUCCAUAGUCCUGAAGGAAGUUUGACUCUCAUUCGUUUUGUAUGACUACCUUCUAUUGAAUUCUAUUGAUCCAAUAUAUGUGUGUAUAAAUAUACAUAUACAUAGCGCAUACAUACUGUAUAUGUACAUAUAAACAACAAAAAAAAGAAACAGAGACUUAGCUGUUAAAAUGCCAAUUGUUAUUUCAUUAUUUAAAAAAAGGCUAUUUUUGUUGGUUGUUCUGUAUAAAAAAAAGCUAAAAUAUUUUAUAUUACAUUGUUUUAUAGCGGUUUUAAGCUCCGAACAAGAUUUGCAAAGAUGACGACGUGUGUUCUAAGUGUUCUAUUUAAAGUACAAAAUGCAUUCUACGAAGUUAACGAAGCACGAGUUACAGAAUUGUUCCAGUCAUUAGUCGACAUUACCUGCAAUAUUCUUGAAUGUUUUCGAUGUAUGCAGUAUCUCGCUUCACGACCAUGUAUUGAUGUGUUCUUUGGUGGGCCUGAAAUGAGGACUACACUACUUUCAUAUCAGCUCACAUCACAGACCUCUGAAUGUCAAAUGACUUUUUUAAAGAAGCCAAAUAAUAAAUAAAUAAUAUAAAAAAAAGACAAAAAUACUUGGAGGAUUCUGUUCGGAAUCUGCUGUUUAAGACAGACACUGUACAUUCAGAAGCUUCUUGUAUGUCGUAUUUGAUGUUGUAAUGAUGAUGAUGAUGAUGAUUUCUUCACUCGCUGCAAUGGAUUGGAUAUUUGUCUAUUUAUAGAUCUAUUUAUUUAUGUAUUUAUUUACUGAUGAAGAGAGUCGAUGUGUAGGCUUAAAAAAACGCUGAAACUAUCCAGUCAGUUAUCGUUAUGGAGUCUAGGCGGUUGUUGAUAUUAACGGUAUAUGCUGAGGCUAUAUUGGAAAUCUUCUAUUUUUUUUCUCUGCAUAUGAAUUAAAUGGCAGUAAUUAAAUGGCACUGUGAAGGCUUGCUCUAAAUUC